GCGCGAACACAAACUCAAACAUCAAGAUGGGAAUAUCAUAACUAAACUCUUCACUCUUUCACCCUUCACCCACCAACUAAAAUAUAUCCACAAUGAAGUUGGUCCGAUUCUUGAUGAACAUGCCUAAUGCUACGAACCAGCCCAUAACGGUGGAGUUGAAGAACGGGAACUCUGUCAAUGGACAACUCUUGUCGUGCUCUCCACUGAUGAAUAUCUCAUUGAAGAACAUAAAACUCGUCCAACCACAUCAAGACCCACAAAUCUUGCAAUUUAUCAGCAUAAGAGGGAACCAAAUAAGACAAAUCAUCUUACCAGAUGACUUGAAUAUCGACAACUUGUUGGCUAACAGUGUAGUGAAAAUUAAAGGUCUGGGUGCCGGUCCAGGAAACAAGGACUUGGCCGGUGGCAACGAUAGAAAGCCUACGAGAGGCGGGUUCCGUGGUGGUCGUGGUGGAGGUGCCAGUAGAGGAAGAGGAAGAGCUUUCUAGAAAUUGGGGAGAUCCCAUGUGUAUAUUAGAGAAACUAAUAAAAUAUUAACUUAAAUUAAA